AUGGCUCGUAUUUCGAAUGAGAUGGAUAUAUCAGACAGGCAUUUGACAGCUCGUUGCAGUGAGUGCCACCAGACAAGUCAUAACAGUUGUACAGGCUUCAUGGCACAUGUACCUGAGGAGGUUCCACUGUUGAGACAGGCAUAUCGGGCUGACAGUAUGUGGGACCGUCCGGAUGAGGCACGCACCGUGUUGACAUGCCGUUGGGUAGAUUCUGGAUUAUGGGAGCAUCCGUUGGACCAUAGAGUCUUGCAGUAUCUAUUACGCGCGGGAUUCUAUGGUGUGUAUCGUAUUGGGCACAUUCGACUGGACCACGCACUCAUCACUGCUCUCGUUGAGAGGUGGCGCACAGAGACUCAUACAUUCCAUUUCCCGAUCGGGGAGGCCACUGUCACGUUGCAGGACGUAUCCGUCCUAUAUGGUCUUCGGAUUGAUGGCCGAGCAGUUACUGGAGUUGACUCUUCUCUCGCGACGGGGCAGUGGAUAGCCCUAUGUGCUGAGCUAUUGGGAGUAGCACCUACACCAGCAGAUUUACAGCCAGUCAUAGAACCUGGUCAAACUGAUGUACUUGCCAUUGCUGAGAGACAUUGA